AUGCAGAUCCGACCAAGCCGGCGGGAUCCGUCUUUGCCGGAUCCCGCCGGCGCUGAUCCGAGCCCGGAUCCAGCUCAAAGGCGGAUCCGGGGCCGGAUCCGGCCAAGUCGGCAGGAUCCUUCUUUGCCGGAUCCUGCCGGUGCUGAUCCGUGCCCGGAUCUGGCUCAAAGGCGGAUCCGAGGCCGGAUCCGGCAAAGCCGGAGCCCGCCGGCGCGGAUCCGGCCAAGAGAGAGGUUCGCCGGAGAGAAUCCGGCCAAGAGAGAGAUCCGAGCUGAGUGGUUUAGGGAGAAAAAUCAAGAGAGAGGGAGGGAGAGAAAUCUGUACGAAAAAAAAGGGACCGCUCGAACUCGUGGCCGAGGUUGCGGCCGGCGACGGCGAGCGCCCGCCCCAGCACUCGCCGCUCACGCAGGACUUCGCUCCCUCUCCCCCUCGCCCCGCGCCCUCGUCCUCGACUUCUUCUGCAUGAACGCCCUCGACGUCGCCGCCGAGCUCGCGCUCCCCGCCUACUUCCUCUUCACCUCCAGCGCCUCCGCCCUCGCCGUGUUCCUCCACCUCCCCGUGCUCCACGCCCGCUCGGCGAAAUGCUUCAGAGAGCUCGGCGCGGAGCCGCUGCGCGUCCCGGGCGUGCCCCCGCUCCCCGCCGACCACAUGCCCCUCCCCAUUCUCGACCGCGCCGACGAGGCCUACGAGGGCUUCCUCGGCCACUCCCGGCGCCUGGCCCGCUGCGCGGGCAUCGUCGUCAACACCUCCCGCUCUCUCGAGCCCCGCGCUGUGGACGCCCUGAUCGCCGCGGGGCUCUGCGUCCCCGACCACGAGCGGCCCCGACCCACCCCGCCCGUCUACUGCGUCGGCCCGCUCGUCAAAUCCAGCGACCGCACCCGCGGGCGCGGCGAGGAGUGCCUCGCGUGGCUCAACUCCCAGCCCAAGGCGAGCAUCGUGUUCCUCUGCUUCGGGAGCGUCGGGCGCUUCUCCGCGGCGCAGCUAAAAGAGCUCACGAAGGGGAUCGAGAAAAGCGGGCACAGGUUCUUGUGGGUGGUCAGAAGCCCACCGAGCGACGACAACGACGACCCGGAGAAGCGCUUCUUGCCGCCACCCGAGCCGGACCUGGAGAAGCUGCUACCGGAGGGGUUUCCGUACCGGACCAGGGAGAGGGGCAUGGUGGUGCAGUCAUGGGCCCCGCAGAGAGAGGUGCUGGCCCACGAGUCGGUCGGGGGGCUCGGCUACGACAUCGCUCCGCUCCGCGCGGCAGUGCCGGCGCCACGCCGGGCUGCUGGCGAGCUUCGAGGAGGCCCUCGGCCGGCUGCGCUCGGCGGAGCUCCACCCGCGACUCCGCUCCGCGGGCCGCGCGGGGAUGGCGUCGGGGAUCCAAUCACGGCCGGGGAAGAGCGGCCCGAGGCUGUGGAUGCCUUCCAAAAGCCAAAGGUCGAGAGGGUGGAGAAUUAG